AUGUUUCAAAAGGUCUAUCCAUAUGCUUGCCUCAGCAUUGACUGCACCUGGGCGGAGUGGUUCAGGGCAAUGAAGCGGGCAAUCUAUACUUCUGAAACCUCUAACCAAUUAAAACCCAAAAUUUCACGUUUAUUCUCAGCUGAAGGCAAUGUAAUAAUUACAUUAUGUGUGCGAUCUGCGUUUGACCUUUAUCUGCAAGCCUUGAACCUUCCAAUCGGCACAGAAAUCAUUAUGUCAGCCAUCAACAUCCCCGAGAUGGUCAGAAUAGUGAGAAAGUAUGGAUAUAUCCCUGUACCAGUUGACAUCGAUAUUGGCUUACUUACUUGCUUAAUUAUCUGGUGUUUAAGGUGUCUAGUGCCGCAGCCCAAAAGGGCCUAUGGCAAAACUAGUGACGUAGGCGAGCCAUCUUGGAACAGGUCAGCCCUGGCCAAGCCUUCUAUCAACUCCUGCCUCACCAGCCUUGCUGCACGUCUCACCCGGCGCGAUGCCGUCGCCCUUGUCUCGACUCAGCUCCUGCGCGUGUUCCGCCUAAAGGUCAUCUUCCCGUGGAGAUGUGCUGAGAGGUAAAACCCCGAAUGCCAUUUUAUUUAUGACAUCGAUAUUGACACAUUGCAAACUACCCCUGAAAGAGUAGAAGCUGCGAUUACCAAAAAGACAGGCCUAAUUAUCAUUGCUGAAACAUAUGGUACCAGAUACUCCCUUGCUGGAAUUUCAAAGGUUGCAAAAAAGCAUGGCAUCCCACUCUUCGAAGACUGUGCAGAAGGGUUCUGUGGAAGGAAUUUCUCAGGCGAUCCUAACGCUGAUAUAACAGUUUUUAGCUUUGGACCUAUAAAAACAGCAACUGCUUUUCAAGGCGCUGUUAUGAUUAUAAGGAAUAACCCACAGCUGCUGAGCCAGAUUAAAAGGAUCCAUCAGUCCUACCCUGUGCAGCCAACCAAAACUUAUUUCAAAAAAGUAUUGAAAUAUUCAGCAGGGCUUAUUUAUUUAAAUUGGCAAGGGCUCAACCAUGUACUAAGACCUCCUCUGAUGAAAAUAGGCUUUGACUAUAAAAAAAGAGUCGUCGGGCUUAUGAGAGGAUUUCCACCAGGGAAAGGAUUAGAAGUAUAUAGAUAUCAGCCAUGCGCAGCUAUGCUAUCUUUUAUGUAUAGAAGACUGGCUAUUUUUAAUGCAGAAAAGUUUUUUAAGCUGAAUAGAGGCAUUCAGGAAGGUACUGAUAUUUUAACUGCUGGAGGAGUAACUGUUCCUGGAUAUGCACAAAGAGAUAGAACCUAUUGACUUUAUCCAAUUAUGGCUGAUGAGACCUUAAAAGCAUAUAAAGACUUAAACAAAGCUGGAAUUGAUGCUUACAAAGGAAUUUCUCAAUUGAAUUGUGUAGAAGCACCAAUUGGGGAUAAUAUUUUCAUAAUAAAUAUGUAUUUUUAUUUACAAUAAAAAGAAUUGCUGCAUAUACUUUAUUGAGAAUAGCUAUACACAACCAAAAAAUGCUAUAGAUAUGUUCGAAAAAUUGGUUUACUUACCACUACAUAAAGACGUUCCUUUAAAAGACAUCAAGAAAAUUUGCAAUAAGACAGUUGAGCUUCUAAAUCCCAAGCCAAAACUUUAA